AUGUCCACCCCCGAACGUAAAAGUGGCCAAACAUCAUGGGCGCGUCGCCAACAGCAACAGCAACACAACUCACCUUUCCGGCGAGCACGGCGUGAUUCCCUCCAUCUGGACGCGUCCCAUGGCCUUAGUCCUCCCCGCGAUUCUCCUGCGCAACACCGGAGGAACUUUAGUCGGACAGGAACGUUGCGAGGGGCGUUUGAGUACACAUCGCGCCUGCCGUUGUCGGAGAUCGAAGAAGACCUCUUUUUGCCUCAGAACGCGCAACGAGGCUCACCCCGCAAACGUCAACGCAGUGUUACCGCAAUGUCUUCACGCUCCAACCCUCCAGAGCUGGAUGAAACGUAUCGGCAGAUCGACAACGCCCUUAGCCUGACGGAUAAUGAUCUAUCCGACGAUGAAAACGCCCUCUACAUUAACAAAGACAAUAAGUUUAGGAGAUCGGCGGGCACCCCGACUACAAGGAGGGAACAACGAUUCUCUACUGCGUCAGAUGCAAGUUUUACAAGUGAGCCGCCGCAUCGUCGGUCCACCGACUAUGCGAGGGACGAGGAGCGAUUGAAACGAGCCACGACGGGUCGGUCACCGGUGUUCAACAGGGCCGCCAUAGGGGUCGGACCUUCGUCAGAACAUCUACAGCGGCGGGAAUUUGGAAGUCCAAGCGCAUCAGAGGAGGACUAUGGCAUUGAGCCGCCGGUUAAAGCGCCUUCAACAUGGGGGAAUAGGGGAAAAUAUGGCAAUAGCUGGAUGAAGAAUCUCACAAGAAAUCAUGAGCGUGAUACUGGUUUGAACACGGAGGAACCCGAAGAUACUUCUGCGAGAUUGUGGGAUAAAACGCGAAAUCAUGAGCGCAAAGCUGGGUUUACCACAGAAGAACCCGAGGAGGCUUCUGCGAGAUUGUGGAAUAAAAUAGAUUCGAGGCGCGCUGAACGGGAGACGGGGGAACGUCGACAAGUGCUGGAAGAACGCCCAGAAAUCCCACGUUACGGUCAUCGUUCGCCCCCUCAAAUACAAAAUUCGCCGGAACGGAACGAAGAUUCUCACCAUGGCGGCCAGAGAAUCCCAAAUACGCCUAUUUCUAUAUUCCCAGGUUCAACUUUCACUAAACGCAGCCCGACAAAGCGAGAUUCGCAUGAUCUACUUCGAAAACUUGCGCGAACCGGCAGUCCCAACCAGAAUGCCACAGGUUCACUCCAGACCCCUCAGCAGCCGACGGGGGCAACGGAGAGACGUAUUUAUGACAAGACACCAGUUGUGUCAGGGGCCUGGAUCGAUACACCGAUGAGCCAGCGAGUCCCCGAAUCACAGCCUUCGGACGUGAUCAACGCGCUAGGGUCUAAACUGGAUAGUGUUUGGGGGUCGACAAGACCGGUUAAAAUAGAGGGUCAUCAAGAUGGUGCGGACAAUUUGCUACCGAACUUUGAGCCGCUCCAAGAGAAAGAAGUGGCCAAGGAGAAAUCACCAUCAGAACAGCCGAAAGAAAGUCAGUUGAAAGCAUACGAGGAAACGAAUUCGACACAGGAAAUCUUUAGGCGCAGAGCACAAGCUUCAAAAGCAAUUCAGAAGCCUAUGAAGCUAUCUGUUCCUGAACACGCUAAGAGUGCCCUGGAAACCGUUUUGGACGACCACAAAAACAACAAGAACCCUUUGGACGCGGGUGACGAUACACUCGAAUCUCUUCAGGCAAUUUUAGACCAGCAGCCAAGUGAAGACACCAAAACUCAGGAAGAGGAUGAUGCAGCAUAUGAACAGCAAAUACUCGGAGGAUUCAAAAGUGGGGGCUUUUCCGAGCAGCCGUCAAGUGACGAUAAUGAGAUUCCGAAAGAGGACGAUUCCGCAUAUGAGCAGCUAGUGGCCCAACAAUUCAAGUCGAAGGCUCCUGCAGAACAGCAGGCUGGGGACGAUGCUAAGCCUCAGGAAGGGGAUGAUGCAGCAUAUGAGAAUCGAGCGAUCCGACCAUUCAAGUCUAAGACCUUCAGCGACUCAAAGGAUCCUUCCGACAUCAAGGCCUCGGAAAGACUUGGAAGGAAACUACGGUCAUUAAGCGACAGCUUCUCUUAUAUGAAGUCGGGAUUCAACAAGUUGGAAAACCAAAUAACUCACCACAACGACUCCUAUACCGCUUCGCUCGACAAAACCUCAGUCAAGGCAACCGGGUCUAAGCCGACGCAGCCACAGCAAGGCUGUGGGUGCAAAACGAACGGCGACAUGCGGGGGGUCAUCCCACUUCCACGUUUAUGGGAUCGGGGUAGCGUUUGGUGGAGGACCCGUCCAACUCGUCUGGGAUGGUGUAUUAUCAUCGCGCUUGGUUGGUACUUUUCAGAGUCUACCAUGUGUGAUUAUUACUGUCACCCACUUGUCGAGUCCACAUGCGAAGGCAACUGCCUGCUCCCGGAUGCACCACGUUUUCCAUAUGUGAUCCCGACCAUGACAUGGCGCUGGUUGCACUUGUCGGACAUCCUAGUUCCUCUAUGGGCAAUAAUCAUCGCCUUCUUUAGGCUGUUCACACAACUACUCGGGCUGUCGGAUGGGUACGUGGAUGACGAACCCCUAGCACUUAACCUGACCGGUAAGAUCCGUGUCGAGGGCAUCAUAAUGGACAGCUUCGCACCAUCUGCAACUCCGUCCAGCAAGGAUUUCAUUCCGUCGGUGGCUCAUUGGGCAUGGGGACAGACCACGCAGAAUCCGGGUCCCACGAUCGACCUACCCACCGCUAUGAGCUCUGAUAGUAAUACGUUUAAUUGGGACGACGUCUCAAUGGAUGAGGAUGAAUUCCUCUGA